GCCAGAUUAAAACACUCCAAAACACUUCAAAACACUCGUGGGCCGUUCGGUGGACCGGAUUUGGCUAGGUUAGGGCCCAGAAAACACCCGAAGACACGUCGGGUCGGGGUGGAAUCGAAACGCUCCACCCCCCUCGCGUUUUCGUCGCUGGCGGCGAGGGACGAAGAGGCGACGCUGUCCGGUCGCCGCCACCGACGCUCCAAGACCACGCCGGCGCCGCAGCCGCCGCCGACACUCCAAGGCCACGCCGCCGCUCCCUCACGCUGUCUCGCCGCCGCUCCCUCACACUGUCCCGCCGCCGCUCCCUCACGCCGACGCUCCCGCUGACGGCGCCGCCGACGUUCCUGCCGCCGUCGACCGGGAGAUCCUGCCGCCGCCCCCUCCUCUCGUGCGAAGCUGGAGUCGUUUGGUCUCUAUUCACGGAUUCUUGCGGGAAUUGACGAGCCGCCGCCCUCCUGGGACCCUGUGAGCACGCCGGACUUCGAUAUGAUUCCUAAGAAAGCAUCUCAGGUGGUGUAUGCCACAGGCUCUCCUAAGCAUAAUGUGCAGAAGGCCUUCUCAGGUGGGAAAAGAAAUAAGAAAAGGGCGUCUCCAAAUUGCACAAAGAAGACUUCACCUAAAUUUAAGAAAAAAGCUUCUCCAAAAGCUGGGAAACCUAGAGCCUCAUGGAACAUAGGAAUGGAGAAGUCUCUAGUGGAUAUUCUUCUUGAGCAUAACAAUACAUUCCAUAGAGGACAAAAUGGGUGGAGUAGUGAAACGUGGAAUGUAAUGGUGAAGCUUUUCCUAUCUCGACACCCAUAUCUCAGAAUGGAGAAGUCUCAAAUACAAGAUAAGGAGAAAGAUUUAAAGAGAGACUACAGGAUGCUAAAAGAAGCAAGAAUGCAAAGUGGGGUUGGGUGGGAUGAAAGCCAAUUCAAGCUACAGGCUGAGCCCCAUCUUUGGGAAAAUCUGGAAAUUUCAUUUGGUACAAGAAUCAAGAGAUUCAAAACAAAAGCUUUUCCUCUCUAUGAUUCACUUGGACAACUUUAUGAAGGCUACGGAUCGAUGAGCAACUUAGAGAAGACUUCUGUUCAUGCUAGCUGGCCUUUUGCAGUUCUUGAAGUGUGGAUUCAUGUCAUUUGCUGAUAAGAUAUUUGUUGUUAAAACUCAGCUGAAACAAGAAAGAUAAUUUAUUGUUUAGCAAAUCUUUAGCUUCAGGACAUGGCAUGUGCGUUUGGUAGACAGAGUUUAACAUCAUGUCAAAGUGUCAUAUUUCUUGAGUUUUGUCUUGUUUUAGUGUGCCCACAGAUCAGUUAUGUCCCGUUGUUGACAAGCUCGUAUUUUUAUUGUUCAAUACAAUCAUGGUUUAUUGAA